AUGGAUCGCUUAUUAACACAUAUUCGCUCACGAGCAUUAUUAUUUAUUUCUCCUAAUCGUCAAGUAUCUUCAUAUAAAACAAAUGUAUUCGAUUUAAAAUCUCGUGCUUUACUAAACCUUGUCAAUCAAUUAGAUGCAUCAAAACAAACUUCACCAAUUCCAUCAUCCGAUGUUGGCACACCUUAUGAUCUUAAUACACGUUUUCCAUUACCAGGACGCAUUGGAUUUUCUUAUGAAACAAAAUCAAUAUCGAAAUCUUUUCAAGAAAAAGAUUCAGUUGAACAAUUAAUAAAUACGCAUAUGUCAUUAUCAUCAACAUCAACAAAUAAUGAAAAGGAAUUUUUAACAAAAUUAAUGAAUUAUAAAAAUUUAGAAAUUCGUACAUAUGAUUGUUCAUCAUCAUUAUGCUCAAAAUUAAAUAGUUUAUUUUUAAAUUAUGAUAUAUUAACGCAACCAUUAACAGCAAUAACAAUAGUAUUUAAAACAAAUUCGGAUAUGUCAACAUGGUCAAUUGAAGUUGAAAAUGAACGUAAUCAAUUAAUUGAAAAAUUUAACAAAUUAGCUCAAGAAAUAUCAACUUAUUUAAAUUCAAAGCAAUAUUGGGUAGAUUUUAUUGAUCCAUCGAAUGGUAAACCUUAUUAUGGACCAUCAACGUCAGAUGCAUUAUUCGAAACGGAUGAACGUUUUCGCAAUUUUGGUAUUAAUAUUGUUGAUUUAGGUUGUUGUCGAGUCAUUCAGCAUUUACAACAUGGUACUCAUGUGUUUGUUGGUUGCAUAUUUACAAGUGCAUCAAAGAUGGAUCCACAUGUUCAAAAUCUUCUUAAAGAAUUCGAUGCUAAAUAUGAUGACAUCUGUGCUAUAAUUAAAGCAGUUGCCCAUGGUUCAUUAAAAGGUAUUUUGGUUUAUACUGACGAUGAAGUUAUUUCAACAGAUUUCAUUGGUGAUACACAUUCAUCAAUUCUUUAUGCUAAAGUCGAUAUUUCGCUCAAGGACAAUUUUGUUAAACGUAUUUCAUGUUAUGUUUCUAUUUAUUUAAUAGUUUUCUGUAUGAAAUACAAUUAUUUUUAUUUUCAAAUUCCCGGUCAAAUUUUUUCAGCACUUCGUUAUCUUUAUAGAAACUAUGAAUUCUAUUUACCACGAGUUUAUAUUGAAUGA